AAAGAAGAAGAGAGCGGAAGAAGAAGAUGGCUGCCUUAUCAGAGAAAGAAGCUGAAGCUUAUCUCGACGCAAGGCCUAGAUAUCCGAUUGAUUGGUAUAAGAAGAUUGCCGCACGGACACUUGACCACAAAUAUGCUUGGGAUGUUGGAACUGGUAACGGUCAGGCUGCUAUUGGGCUUGUGGAGCAUUACGAGAAUGUUGUGGCUACCGAUAUAAACGAAGCACAACUUAAACGAGCAAUCAAACACUCAAGAAUCAAUUACCAUCACACUCCAAUAACGAUGACAGAAGAUGAGAUGGUGGCUCUAGUCGGGGGAGAAAACUCGAUGGAUCUCAUAGUUGCUGCUCAAGCUGUCCAUUUUUUCGACCUCACCACAUUUUACAAUGUUGCAAAACGUGUUCUUCGUAAAGAAGGAGGCCUAAUCGCCGUGUGGGUAUACAACGAUAUCAUUAUCUCGCCUGAGAUCGAUCCCAUAAUGAAGCGCCUUGUGGACUCUACUCUACCUUUUAGAACUCCUAUUAUGAAUUUAGCAUUUGACGGUUAUAAGACGUUGCCGUUUCCUUUUGAGACCAUAGGGAUGGGGUCCGAAGGAAAGCCUAUUACUCUAGACAUUCCGCAUAAACUUUCGCUUAAAGGGUUUAUAGGGUUCUUGAGAUCGUGGCAGCCCGCGAUGAAGGCCAAGGAAAAAGGAGUAGAGCUUAUAAAUGAAGAUCUAAUAGCCAAGUUUGAGGAUGCUUGGGGUGAUGAAGCCCAAGUUAAAGAUGUUUUCUACAAAGCUCACAUGGUUGUUGGAAAAAUUCCGGAAGUAAAAUUCGAAUCUGAUCAAGUAUUGUCCGAAGAUAGUAACAAAGGUCUCUUGCUGGAAACGGAGGUUGGGAGGAAACACGAAAGACGACAACCAUCUGAUGAAGGAGACAGACAAAUUAUCCGAUAUUAAGAUUUCAACGCCGUUGGUUUUUGUACAACUGAGUAAUAAAGUUUAUGUUGAGUAUGUCAAUUAUUGGACUUGGAAGUUUGAAAGAAAAUGAAAUUUCAUACAAAUAAAUUUUGAGACUUUAU